AUGUUUUUCAGCCGGGACUACUCGCCUGCACCUGCUGCUGCUAUUGAGGGGCUCACCAAGACCAAGAAGAUGAAGGUGAAAUGGACUCAGUUGGGCAUGGUGUUCUUCCUGUUGCUCUCCCUGGUCAUGACAGGAUGUUUCCUCUGGCAGUACCAGCUGCCAAAGUUACUGCCAGGCAUGGGAGGCAAUGCCAAAUCAGAACGGAUGUGCCCACGCUUCCCUGAGCCUCUCCCCCUGGAACACCCUAUCCCUACCCUGAAAGAGGCACUAGAAAAGGUGGACACACUGCUGCGCCAGAGUGUCAACCCUGCCAGUCUUCCCUCUUUGUCGGCCAUUGUGAUUUUCAAUGACACCGUUCUGUGGACUGGUAACUUUGGCAAGAGGAACGGAAGUGACCCACUCUCAGCUCCACCCAAUGAAUACACCAUCUAUAGGAUUGCCAGCCUUUCAAAGAUCUUCCCAACGCUGAUGCUGUACAGGCUGUGGGAGGAUGGGAAGAUUGCCUCUCUGGAUGACCCACUUGAGAAAUAUGUGGAGAACUUCACCAUUAAAAACCCUCUGGGCAAGUCACGGGACUCUGAGCUCAAGUACGUGACAGACGGUCUGAUCUUUCUGGACAGUGGAGAGAUUCAGAUCCGCUCCUCCUCUGUCACCCUGCGAAGGAUGGCCAGCCAGCUCUCAGGUCUACCCAGAAGACUUAGAGCCACUAACCUGCUAUGGAAGGGGAAAACACAGGCUGCAGUGAAUCUGUUGCAAGACGAUGUCCUCGUUGCAGACCCUGGCACCAAAUGCCACUACAGUAACCUAGCCUUCUCCUUAUUGGCCCACGUCAUGGCUGAGAAGGUGGUGGGCAUGGACUACCAGCGCUGGAUCAAUGAUAACAUCCUCGACCGGCUGGGGAUGGAGGAUACAGGCUUCGACAUCACCCCAGGGAUCCACAGCCAGAUGGCUGUGGGCGUCUACUCCAGUGGCCAGACAGCCCCUCUGUAUGACCUGGGUUGGUACCGCCCCUCAGGCCAGAUGUUCUCCACUGCCGCUGACCUUGCCAAGCUGGCUAUGAUGCUGCUGGGUGCCUACCAUCGCAAGCUCCUGGAGCCUGACACCCUGAAAAUCAUGCUGACCCCUCUGUUCCGCUGUGAUAAGGACUACUUUGCCAACCGCACCGGCACACCAUGGGAGGUGAAUGAGCAGUUGGGCUACGAGGUGGUGCGUAAAGACGGAGACCUAGACGGCUACUCAGCCACCUUCUCACUGGUGCCCAGGCUCAAGCUGGGCCUGGUAGUGCUGAUGGCUGGCACCAGACCUCAGAACCAGGAUGUGUUGGCCAAGGCUUACAGCCAUAUAAUACCCGCCAUGGAGAGGGCUUUCCGGGAGUCCAAGAAGAUCCUCAUCCCUCCCCCUAAUCCAGACCCUUACAUAGGCUUCUUCACCUACGGAAACAUCACCUUCUAUGAGAUCAAAGCUGGGGCAGACGGGGUUCUGAUCAUGCAGCAGUUUGGUCCCCAGAUUGAGGACCUGAUCCCAGAGAGAUAUAGGACAAUAAAGCUGAACUACCUGGUGGACAGGGUGUUCAGGGUGGUGUUUGAGAAAGAGUACCCUUGUGUCUUGCGGGUCAGCACCGCGUCUGUCUCCCUUGAGGCCCAAGACGGGCAGCUCUUUAACUUUUAUGUGUUUGACAAGCGAGGUCUGUCCCCUGGCUUCGAUGCACCAGGACUGAAUACGUACAAUGUGGUCAGGAUAGCCCAUAGGCCGACUUUCUCGAACUAA